AUGUCUUUUUCCGGUCAUCGAAGGAACGAGGUUUACCAACUCGUCAUCUCCGUUCAUUCCAGGGAGACCUCACAUUCAUUCUUCUCGACACUUGCUGACAAUUCUAUUGCGGCUACACCGGUCAUUACCUUUGACUUUUCUUUGUUUAAAGGCGCCUCAUUUAACCUCGACGAUGAGAUGGAUGAAAAGACUGAUAUACAGAGAAUAUUGUCUCUACCUUCCGUGAAGAGUGUGCAUCCAGUGCGUGCAUACUCACUGCCAGAAACAUCUGGAUAUACAGCUGGGUCAUCUUUCCCACUACCUCAAACUGUAGAUUCAAAGUUAAUAAAGACUACUCCUGACACUUUCAGUCCACAUGUCAUGACCGGUGUUGAUAAACUCCGCGCUGAGGGCUUCCUCGGCGAUGGGAUCAAAAUUGCAAUUGUGGACACGGGAAUCGAUUACAACCACCCAGCUCUUGGUGGAUGUUUUGGCGACGGAUGUAAGAUCGCCUUUGGAACAGAUCUUGUUGGCGAUGAUUAUACGGGAGAGAAUACACCGGUGCCGAAUGAUGAUCCUAUGGACUGUGCUGGCCAUGGCACCCAUGUCGCGGGAAUCAUUGCUGCAGAAUCAGUUAACCCGGAAUUUACAGGCGUCGCCCCUAAUGCGACAAUCGGUAUAUAUCGUGUCUUUGGUUGCACUGGCAGCACUAGCGACGAUGUCCUAAUUCAGGCAUUCUUGAUGGCUUACGAGGCAGGCGCUGAUAUUAUCACCGCUUCAGUUGGGGGUAAUUCAGGAUGGAGUGAAGAUCCAUGGGCUGUUGUUGUCUCUCGAAUUGUGGAUGCCGGAGUUCCUUGUACACUUGCGAUCGGUAAUGAUGGAGGAACUGGUGUUUUUGUCGCAUCUUCUGCCGCUACAGGACGUGGAGUUACUGCAGUGGCAUCAGUGGACAACGUUGUCACUCCGCUACUGGUCAAGAAUGCUACCUGGUCUACUAACAAUUCAACAGCUCAAACAUUCGGGUGGAUACCAUAUACUCCUUCCAAUAUUCCCAAUGGCACUUAUCCCCUCUAUGAUAUUUUGAAUGGUAGUAAUGAUACUACGCUUCCCUGCAAUGACAACUUCACUCUUCCGGAUAUUACUGGAAAAAUUGCUCUGAUACCCUAUGAUACGUACUGUACUGACGGAUCUGGAAUGGUUGGGAAAGUCACGGAUGCUGGAGGCAAGUAUAUACUGUGGUACUCUGCCAGGGCUGGUGAGAUAUACCCUAUCAAUGGCACUGGAUAUGGCAUUGACUCAUUCGGGAUGGUAACCAUCGACGUGGGAACCCAAUGGACUGGAAUUAUGGCCACCGGAUCUCCAGUUUCUGUCAAUAUGAUUACUCCAGUCUACGAGCCUUACUCUGUCCAGUUGACAGUGAACAAUGUCACGGGUGGUCUUAUGAGUUAUUUCAGUAGUUGGGGCCCAACAUUCGAGGCCGAGGUCAAACCACAAAUUGCUGCACCAGGAGGAUCGAUUUUGUCGACAUACCCACUCAAACAGGGUGGUUACAAGGUAGAUACUGGUACAUCCAUGGCCACCCCGUUUGUCGCAGGCUCGAUUGCUCUAGUCAUAGAGGCUCGCGGAAAGACAGAUCCAGCUACGAUCAAUAACAUCCUAUCAUCGAGCGCUAACCCUAAAGCCUUCAAUGACGGCGAGUCCACUUAUCCAUACCUUGGCCCGGUUGUACAGCAAGGCGGUGGUCUGCUGAAUGUCUACAAUGCAGCACAUACUGUAGGUGUGCUGAACAUAUCAAGCAUAUCAUUUAAUGAUACUGCGAAUCUGGUCAAAUCAGCGUGGUUCCAAGUCAUGAACACCGGCAGUGAAAGUGUCACUUAUGAUAUCAGCUACACUCCCAGUGGAACUGUAUAUACAUUGCCAUCGGAUGGUAGCGUUGUGCCAUCAACAUUCAGUGUUGGGUCCGCCCCAGAGAUUGUGCCGUCUAGUGCGCAGUUAUCUGUGAGUCCUAAUACCGUAACCAUUGCUUCGGGGCAAUCUGCCUCUAUAGAGGUUACAGUGUCUCUCCCAAGUGAUUUGACGGCCUCUCGUAUCCCUGUAUACAGUGGCUACAUCACUCUCAAUGGAACUAAUGAUGAAUCUCUCUCAUUGCCUUAUAUGGGGGUGGCGUCAAGUCUCAAGGACGCCGUUAUACUCGAUAGUGCCGAUAAGUUGACGUAUUUGUCUCGAUACUUCAAUGUCUCGGCUGUACCAGACGGAUUUGCUUUCACGCUACCACCUCAGAAUAGUACUGACGAGGAGAAGAAACAAUACGAUUUCCCAGUUCCAGUUUCACCUGACUCCUUUGGAACCCGGAUACUUCGUGUUGACCUGGUUCCAGCCCAUUCCAACAGUACUGUAAAGACCACCGAGGUUCUUGGUGUGAACAUCGCCGGCUCGAUAGUCAACUUUCCAGCCUACGAGCAAGGCAGAGGUUCUUGGCAUGUCUUUUGGUAUGGCCAAUUGAGUGAUGGAAGUUUCGCACCUCCCGGAGAAUACUACCUCCUCUUCCGCGGUCUCAAGAUUUUCGGUGACGAAAAUUCAGGGAAUGAUUAUGAAUCUGUUAAGAGUGUAACAUUCUCUCUCACAUAUGCUUCGCCCAAAACAACCGAUGUUUUGGCAUGA